UUUUUCCGCUACCUCGACCUCAAGUUAUUCAGCGCUUAAAAGACAAAAAAAUAUUUGAAGUGCUGACGUACUUUCGUUUUCUUGUGGAUCUGGCCAUGGCGCGUGGUUCUAGAAGUUUACAUUUCAGCUUCAGCGUAGACGUCAAAAAUUGCUCCACUGUGCUUUGUUAAAAACUUAAAUCGUUAUCCAGUGUCUAUGAAAUUCUGAGAGAAGAUUUAUUUUGUGAGAAGUAUGACAUUCUAAUGUGGCACGUCAUUAUGUCAUUUGAAUGGAUUGGCAGCAUAAUUUCUGUCGACUGUGGUGAUGUACUUGGAAUUUUUGAAGGUGAAAUAUCGAAUGUGGAUGGCAAUAAUCAGACAAUAUCAUUAAUAAACGUUAGUCGGAACAAUAUUAAAUGCCAAGUGCCUGAAGUAACUCUAAGUUCACUUGAUAUAAGAAGUUUGACAUUGCUGCAGUCAACUGCUAAUAACAAUACUUUGGUUCAUGCUAAUGAUUCUGAAAAGGUUUCUGCAUUUGAAUCACCAUCAAUUUCAAGAAAUAAUUGUUCAAGAAAUUCACCCAGUGAUGACUCGCAGAAGAAAAAGAAUGAUGGAAAGAAAAAAAAUUCUAAAAAGAAUGACGUGAAAAAAUGGCUCAAGGAAAAGGAUGAAGCCUGUUUUAGUGCACCUGUAGAUAGUGAGAUGUUAGAUACAGACUUUGAUUUUGAAAAAAAUCUUGCUUUAUUUGACAAACGAGCAGUAUUUGAUGAAAUAAAUGCUCUCUCUAAAGCAGAUCAUGUAAAAUUGGUGGAUUGUAACAAGAGAACUCAACCUAAAUAUCGUCAUGAUGAAAAUAUUCUUUCAAGUGAUGUACCGGUCCUGAGACAGAUUUCUGUUCCAUGUGAAAAUAGCAAAGAAUAUGUUACAGAUGCUGGUUUGGUUGUGCCAAGUGUUAGCAUAGAGUUCAAGAAACGACUUUAUGAAAAAGCAGAGAAAGCAGGACUGACUUCUCAAGUACGCACAGAAAUGAUAGGAAGAGCUGCUAGUGAAAUGGCUUUACAGCUUUUAGGUGGAGGGCAUAGGUUAAAUCCACAAAACACUCAUCAGAAGCCAACUGUUGUUCUUUUGUGUGGAUCUCAUGCUCAAGGAACUCAAGGUGUAAAUUGUGGCCGCCAUUUGGCUAAUCAUUGUGUAAAUGUGGUAAUACUACACCCUGAGUUGAACUGUGAAACUCAAGCUAUAAUUUCAAAGGAACUAAAGUUAUUUUCCAUGAGUGGCGGGAAACUCGUAAAUAAUGUUUCUGGAUUACCUUCCAGUGUUGAUAUCAUCAUUGAAGCUUUAGAUGCUCAUGAUGGGCAAAAUUCCUGUGAGAAAAGUUGGUUGCACAAUGCUCAGCAGUGGGCGAAGCAGCAUUCUAAAGCCCCUGUGAUGUGUCUUGAUCCACCUCCAAAUUGUAACGGAAUGGAUAAAAAAUUCAUACUCUCUCCAGCAUUACCAUUCAAAUUUGAAAAUGACACUUGCAGCAUUCAUAUUUGUGAUAUUGGAUUACCAAAGGAUAUAUUUUCUAGUCUUCAAUGCUCGUAUUCAUCACCUUUUGGGUCUAAAUUUGUAAUUCCAUUGUAUUCAAGAAACACUUGAAGCAGAACUUCACAAAAAACGUUAGAGUUUAAUUGGAAAGUGUACAUAAGCAGAACUUCAUCCAAGCAGUCAGCAUCCGUCUUGCACAAAAAAUAUCUAUCGUCUCUUUGUUGUACAAAUUGGGUAGAUAUUAAAAAAAACGUUUAAGAGAAUGAUGUGUAUUGCUAAAAGUUAUUACAUAUCACAGUGCCUUGUAUCAGUUUUACUUUAUUUACAGUAUAUUCCAUUGUUUUUAAACAUAACUUAAUGUAAAUAUUUGUAAUGUCCAAGUUCUUGGAAGGCCAAAUAUAUUGCAUAUUAUUUAUGCUCAUUAAAUUUUAUCUUUAAGUAAUGAAAUGUAUUUAAAAAAUAAA